AUCUCAUCCUAAGGCAUGCGUACGGACGCCUCAAAUCUGGGCCCCGAUUUCGAUAUCACCUCUUCAAGACACUCACAGCGAACUUCGACCAACAGUGGGACCUGUUAACUUUGUUGGCCAAACCUGAUCUUUCACCGCGGAGAAUGCUGUCGUUGUGCAUCUCGUCCAGGGCCUUGGUGCUACACCGCACCAGAAAUCCAUCGCCGAGUAACUUGGCAUCCCUCCGUUGUCCGCUACCACCCAAGCCUCAGCUCGAUCAAUAUCGUGUCGCCCGAACCGCAUUAGUUCCCCGAGGACUUGACUUGCCUGUGCCGCUCCGCUGUUGUAAAUCUUUUGAACUCUCGUGCCCAAAUUCGUCGCUUGAAAGCAUCCUCCGCAUACCAUCCGUUCUGCCUUGUUGUUAUCCCCUCCCUGAACGCCCACUUCGGUCACUGGUCCCCAAGUCACCGCACCCACGAAGCCGUGCUAGCGCACAUAUUCCGCACCGGCGCUGCUACCUGAUUCGCCAUAGGUGUAACAGCCUUGUCUCAAGGGUAAUAUAGGGUAGGCGGUGGCGGCGUGCCUUUGCACGAGUCCGCAUGGCUUUGGGUAUGUCCAGCCGGUGUUACCAGAACUUUCUGCUCAUAUGCCGGUUCUUGGAACACCUCUUGCGGGAACGGUCCUCUGUGCCCGCGGCUGAAGGCCCUUAGCUCUUUCUUUGAUGUUCCCCUCGUCCCGUGGAACACCCACAUGGUAUGCAUCGCACGCUUGAGUGACAAUUCACUGAUGCACGAAUACGUCUGGGGACGGCCGUCGCGUCGCUUACGUUCUACUUGUCGGUUCGCAUGACUCUGCACAUUCUCACGCUCUCGGGCUUUGCAGUGACGGGCGACUUUAGUGCCAUCGGCGUGUCGGUUGCGAUCUGCAUUCGAGACGAUACUUUCAGCCCCUGCGCCCGCGAUCACCGCAGACCGGUGCACUCUCUACUUACUGCAAGCCUCCACCUGCCCAUAGCCGGGGCGCCUCAAGCUCAUCGCAACAUUCGGUCUGGGCGCACCUGGAACAGCUGCUUUGCGGUAUGACCCGACGCCUGAGCUGGCCGCUCUUCCUGCUUUAUUCUCGUAAUUUAGCUGUCGGUGCAUGAUUUCGCUACUCUUGUAAAAUGCUACAAGUUCUAUAUCAAUAAUGUGUUGGGUAAAUAU